UUGGUCACCCGGCAGUUUCUCCAUCACACUCCGCUGACUAGUGCAGCAAGGAACUAACACACACACACACACUCACACACACAUCCCAGUCAGUGCCUGAUAAAAUGUUCCCUGUUGCAAUAGAGGUGCCGCAGUUGCUCACAGGAGAGCACCCAGAGAUGUUCUGAGCUGCACAUCAAGUUUUGUGGAGAAGGUUGAUGAAAGACUAUUGAUGAUGGGCUUCCUGUAUCUCUUGGGGCUCUUCCUGGCUGCCCCAACAGGCCUCCACGCCCGAUCUUCCCUGCGCUUUAUUGCUGUGGGAGAUUGGGGUGGGAAACCCACCACCCCCUUCUACACGGACCGUGAGGUGGCCGUUGCAGAGGAGAUGGCGGCAACGGUGUCUGCGUCAGGGGCGGACUUCAUCUUGUCCCUUGGAGACAACUUUUACUACACUGGUGUGAAUGACCUUUAUGACAAACGGUUUCAGGAGACCUUUGAGACGGUUUUCCAGGCACCCUCAUUACGUAAUGUGCCUUGGUAUGUCAUCGCUGGAAAUCACGACCAUUUGGGGAAUGUUUCGGCCCAAAUUGCCUACACCAAGAUCUCAAAGCGUUGGCAUUUCCCCAAAUACUUCUACAAGCUGAGAUUCAAGGUGCCUGGCAGCAAUGCGACAGUCGUCAUCCUCAUGAUAGACACGGUGACUUUGUGCGGCACUUCCCACGAUUUCCAUGCGGAGGCGCUUACGACUCCGCGGGACUUGAGAGAGGCCCGUAACCAGCUGUCCUGGCUUCGCAAACAGAUGGCCAAAUCCAAGGAUGAUUAUCUGCUGGUCGCUGGGCACUAUCCAGUAUGGUCUGUGGGGAAACAUGGCCCCACCUCAUGCUUGGUCAAGUACCUCCAGCCAUUGCUACAGCAACACAAGGCCACGGCCUACCUGUGCGGCCAUGAUCACAACUUGCAGUACCUGGAAGACAAAAACGGUGUAGGCUAUGUGCUGAGCGGAGCAGGCAACUUCAUGGAUAACUCCACGAAAAAUCUCCAUGCUGUUCCUCGUGGUUACCUGCGCUUCUUCUACGGCCAGACUUCUUCUCUGGGGGGAUUUACCUACAUUAAGAUCGAUGCGAAGGAGAUGAGCGUCACCUACCUGGACAGCAAACGCAGGUCGCUCUACAAGACCUCGUUGCCCCGAAGGAAAUUUCUCUGAAACGCGAAAGCCUCCACCGUUAACUCGAACGCAAGAGGGUUACUGGCCUCUAUGGCACACACAUGUUGCUCCUUCCUCCCGGCCUGAGAACAUGCCGGCAAUAGAACUAGCCUGAGAGCGCUCUAGCAGGCUGUCUUUGGGGAGGCACGCCAUCCCACGCUUUCGAAUGUCAUGUAUACAAACCAGCUGUAGGCGUGUGCUUCCAUUUGCCUCCUGGCAGAACAGCAUACCGUCUCCUUCACCUCAAAUGCAAACUUCUUCUGAAGCCCUGUAACCUCCUGACCCCUCCUGGGACGGAGAGGUCCUAGAUCCUUUUCCACUUGCCCCCCGUGGCUGGUGCCUUUCAGACAGCCCUGGGGCAUACGGCAGACACAAGCGACGACAGUAUAAGGUUUUCAGCAUUUUAGGGUAAGCUCACAACCGGCAGCGAGGAGGAUCAAAGCAGUGGGCAGACACGUGCAGUGCAAAUGAAAUUUUCACUUUUGUCCAGGGUGAACCAGCCACUUGGGGUGGGUGGGCAUUGUAAAGACAAUGGGUGUGGCUCAUACUUUGUCUUUGGCGUCUGUGUCUUGCCACUGGCCAAAGGGGAAGUGCCAAUUGCACGCCGUGUGCCCUCUGAUUUUGACCUUGCUGGUCAGUACAGAAGGAACUGUGCAUCAGGCAGCUAUUUACACUCAUAGGAGAAGGACAGACUCACAGGGCCAUAUGGGAUAGCCAUAAUUCCUUGCUCUGAUAGAGAAGUGUGUGUGUGUGUGUGGUGCCAGGGGACGGGGACCGGGGGGAGAAACCAUACCUUGCCUUGUUCUACAACACAGCAAUAACUUGGCCUAGUAGCAAGCGCCCGAAAAGCAGUUAUCCAUUUGUGGCACUCCACCUGUCUUCCAGAGCUGUCUUGAAGGAGAAUGAACUUUUGCCUAGUGAAAUUUUCCGUCCUAAAACUCUCCGCAGUCAUAAAUUUCAGGGGAUGCUGCCCUGCCGGUUGGUUGGGAUUGGGGCUGAAAAUUAAUUUCGCUCUCUCUGAACAGCAA